AUGAAGGUGUCUCAGCUUGUCGCCCUCUUCGGAGGUACUGCCCUUGCAGUCCAGCCUCUGGCAGGUCCUCUGGCCCCUCGAGCCUAUACCGACACCACCUCCUUGGUUGUCAUGAUCACGUCCACGCAUCUGGUCUCCGAGAUCUGCACGGAUAUCGCAAGCUGUCCUCCUUAUACUACCAAAGCUCAGACAUCGGUUGUCUUUGUCACUGCUACGACCACUAUAUGCCUAGUGUCCUCGAUUCCCCACGGAUACCCAGCACCCCCUCCUCCUCCCUCGGUUGCAAGCUCGGGCUACUCCACUGACCCGGCGUUCGUCUCUGUCAGUGUCAUCACAGGCUCUUCCAUAACCCCCGGUAGCUCUGAGUAUCCAAGCGGCGGCUUUCCCCCUCAGACGAGUGCUCUGUCGACUGUUGUUCCCUCUUCAAACGAAUAUGACACCCCGUCUAUCACAGUCCCGACUGUUCCGAGCUCUUCUGGUCCUGUGGCUACCGCACCUUCGAGUGCUCCUGCUUCCAACGAAUAUGGUGCUUCUUCAUUGAGUUCAAGCCUCGUUAUCGUGACAUCUUCAGCCACUCCAUCAGUUCCGGUCAUUAUCACCGUGUCGUCUGGAGCCAUACCAACAGGCUCGAGCAGUGUCGUUGUGGUUCCUUCAGACAGCACUGCCACCGAUGCAACCAGCGCCUCUAUCCCCGUCUCGUCGGCCGUACCAAGCUUUGUUGUUUCUUCAAGUGGAUAUGUUGUCCCUCCUACGAGCUCGGUGGUCCCAUCAUCCACAAACCCGGGUUCUCUUCCAUCAGCUAGUUCAGCGGCUCCCUCCAACUCGUACACCGCAUCUGUUCCACCUGCCAUCUCGGUCACCGCAUCGAUCAGCCAGACAGACGCUGUACCUACCACCCAGGUGACCCCUUCAGCGGGCCCCAGCCCCGGAAGCUCUUCGAUUCAGUACGGUACCUCUCCAGGCAGCCCAACGGUGCCUUCGCAGAGCAACUCAGACUCGAUCUCUACUGCUAGCUCCGCUACUUCCCCAAAUACGACACCAGGAUAUGUACCUUCUGCCUCGGUCACGCUCUUGAGCAGCAGUGCGCAAUCUAUGCCCGUGUCUCUCACAAUGUCAUCUCCUGGAACUAGCCUUGCUGGUCCAUCUUCAAGUGGCUAUAUGACUCCCACUGUUAGCUCUAUCGGUCUGUCUUCAAGUGGCUAUACCACUCCUAUUGGUAGCUCAGUUGCGUCUUCGAGCCUCAAUACGAACACCAUGCCAAUUUCUUUCACAGACUCGUCGACAGCAGGGCCAUCAUCAAGCGGGAACGCUCCGUCUUCUGGUUCUCCGGCUACCUCAUUGGGCCCAAUCGAAUCCGCUUCAAGCGGGUAUGCCACACCAUCGGGUAGCUCGGCCGCACCAUCAAGCUCUCGUUCCGAGGCUCUCCCUGUAUCUUCAGCAACUCCCUCUGUCGGGUCUUCGUCGAGUGGAUAUCCGUCCAUGCCUACUGUCUCGGGUACUUCAACUAGGUCCAACACUGACGCUGUGUCUGUCUCUCUCACUCCCUCUGCCGGGCCUUCAUCGAGCGGAUACCCAUCCAUACCCGGUGUCUCAGCUACUACAGCUAGCUCCAACACCGAAGCUGUGUCCAUCUCUCUGUCUUCAUCGACUCCCUCUGCUGGGCCUUCAUCAAGCGAAUACGCAUCUAUGCCCGGUACCUCAGGUAUUUCAACUAGCUCUAACACCGAUGCUGUGUCUGCUUCUCUGACCUCAGCGACCCCCCCUGUUGGGCCUUCAUCGAGCGGAUCCCCUUCAAUUUCUGGUGGUUCAAGCACUCCUAGCAAUACCCUCACGGAUACUGUACCCACUUCUUUGUCGUCAACAGGCUCUUUCGUUGGGUCUUCGUACAGUGGUGGCUCAGACACUCGCAGCAGCACCCAAACAGAUACUGUGCCCACUUCCUUGUCUUCAGUAAGCGUUUCUGUUGGUCUUUCAUCCGGCAGUGGUUCAGCCACCAUCAGCAGCACUCAAACCGACACUGUGCCUACUUCAUUGAUUUCGACAGGUCUUUCCAUCAGGCCUUCACCCAGCGGUGGUUCGGUUACUGGCAGCAGCACCGAAACUGACACUAUACCCACUUCUCUUUAUUCGGUCAGCGGUUCUGUCGGGUCUUCUUCGAGCGUCGAUUCAACUAUUAUCAGCGGCACUCAAACGGGCACUAUACUCACCUCACUGUCCUCCGGUGGUGUUUCAGCAACUAUCAGCAACACCCAAACGGAUACUGUACCCACUUCCCUCCCCUCGGCAAAUGGUUCUAUUGGGGCUUCAUCCAGCUUUUACACUGUCCCUUCUGGCAGCUCGAUCGCACCGUCAAGCACUUACUCGGGCGGUGUACCACAAGCUCCCAACGCAACCAGCUCCCAAGGUAUAACAUCCAACACACGCCCAGUUUUAACCUCUGCGACAUCAGGCUACCUCAGCCCGUCGGUUCCAGCGGUUUCCAACAUUACUGUACCGGAGAGCACCAUGAACAUCACCAGCUAUCAGACGCAAACCUUCACAUCUUAUGUCACUGCGCCUCCUUCCGCCGGUGGGCCUAGCAACACGACCAGUACUGAUACCGAGGGUAUUUCAACAAGUGUCCCGUCGAGCGUUUCUGCAGUUCCUUCCGGGUCUGGUCCAGUAUACCCAUCUACCACCGCCAACGAUUCGAUCGUCAGCCCCUCACCCAGUUACGUCGAGGUUCCUGUCAACACUGGCCAUGUCAUUGGUGCAGGAAAGAGCUCUCUUGCAGCUAUCGUUGUCGCCCUCGCUUUCGCACACUUCGCAUAA